UGCAUGAUUUGUUACGAGAUUUGUAACGAGACAAAUACCAAACAAGUCUUCCAAAAUCACAAAAACCUAAAACCCACUCUUGCUUACAAACCCCAAUCAGUGCUGUCCACUCUCCACUGUCUCUCUCACUCGAUAGACACGUAAAGAAUUUAAAAUUUUGAAAAAGAAAGAAUGAAAUUUGUGUAAAAUAUAUUGGAACACGAACAAACUUUUUCAAAUAUGGAUUCGCUUCGCUCCUCCUUUAUUUAAAAUACUUGUAGUGCUUUCAUACGGCUAGAGACAAAAAUGGAGUGUGUAGAAGCAUUUCUCGGUGAUUUUUCCGUCGACGAUCUUCUCGACCUCUCUAACGCCGACACUUCUUUAGAGUCGUCUUCGUCACAAAGAAAAGAAGACGAACAAGAACGUGAGAAAUUUAAGAGCUUUUCUGACCAAAGUACCCGUCUUUCACCGCCAGAGGAUCUCUUAUCUUUUCCCGGCGACGCUCCGGUUGGUGAUUUGGAGGACUUAGAGUGGUUAUCCAACUUCGUGGAGGAUUCUUUCUCAGAAUCGUAUAUUUCGAGUGAUUUCCCGGUGAAUCCAGUCGCGUCGGUGGAGGUUCGGAGACAGUGCGUUCCUGUUAAACCUAGAAGCAAACGCCGCCGCACCAACGGCCGUAUCUGGUCUAUGGAGUCUCCAUCUCCUCUGCUAUCCACCGCUGUUGCCAGAAGGAAGAAGAGAGGGAGACAGAAGGUGGAUGCAUCGUACGGUGGCGUAGUCCAGCAGCAGCAGCUGAGGCGGUGCUGCAGCCAUUGUGGAGUCCAGAAGACGCCUCAAUGGAGAAUGGGUCCAUUAGGUGCGAAGACACUGUGUAAUGCUUGUGGGGUCCGGUUUAAGUCGGGUCGACUUUUACCCGAAUAUAGACCCGCUUGUAGCCCAACAUUCACCAACGAGAUUCACUCUAACUCUCACCGGAAAGUGUUGGAGCUACGGCUCAUGAAAGUGGCGGAUCCGGCUCGGGUUUAAGCCAUUUUUUUCUAUCUUGAAAUUUUAUCAAUGCCAUGUGCAUUGUGUAAUCUUGUAAACAGAGAAUCAGAGAGAGAUCCGUAGACUGUUUUCACAUUCAUGAAGUUAAGCUAUAAUUAGAGACAAUUUUAUUUGAUAGAGUAUGCAUGAUUAGAAAUCAUGAUCAUUAAAAGUUUUGUUAAAUACAGUCCAACCGUUACCCAAAUUUUUGUGACCACAACCAUAAUUAACUACUG